GUGGCUGGACUCGCAGGUGUGCGCGUCCACGCCCGCUCACCUGCUGGACGUCAGCUGGUACACGGAGAGCAUGCGAGCGGGACAUCCGGUCCAGAUCCUGGACAGACACAAACUGCAGGAUCAGCCGACUAACGAAGCAGAGGUGGAGGUGUUCUCCGUGCCGAGCUACGCCUGUCAGAGAAGAACAACUCUGGAGAAUCGUAACACCGUCCUGACUGACGCUCUGUCGCUCCUGGCUGAAAACGCCGAGCUCAGCGCGGAGGAAGGACGAGGCGUCGCUUUCCGACGGGCCGCCGCCGUGUUGAAGGUUCUCCCCGAGCCGGUGACGGACAUGACGCAGCUCAGAGGGCUUCCCUGCCUCGGAGAACAUUCACUCAGAGUCAUCAAAGAUAUUCUGGAGAAUGGAGCAUCGAGUGAAGUCGAAUCUACAAAGCAGUCUGAGCGAUUUAAAGCCCUGAAGGUUUUAACAGGUGUUUUUGGAGUCGGAGCGAAAACGGCCGACCGGUGGAUCAGAGAGGGAAUCCACGACCUGCAGCAGCUAAAAGACUCGAGACAAACGCUGAACCGAGCGCAGCGAGCAGGCCUCGAGCACUACGACGACAUCAACCAGCCGGUCAGCAAGGCGGAGGCCGACGCCAUCGGCGAGAUCGUGGAGGAAGCCGUUGCUUCUGUGUUACCGGGCGCACAGGUGACUCUGAUUGGAGGAUUCAGGAGGGGGAAGCUGACCGGACACGACGUGGACUUCCUGAUAACACACCCAGAGGAGGGCAGGGAGGUGGGACUGAUGCCUAAAAUCGUCUCCUGGUUGGAGUCGCAGGGUUUCCUGCUGUACCAGAAAACCACCAGGAACUCUUACCUGGAGUCUGAUGACGGCCCCGCUCGGCCCUGCUCCAACAUGGACCGCUUCGAGAGGUGUUUCUCCGUCUUCAAACUGGCCGAAGACGAGAAACGACGAGCGGGACAGACGCAGAGCCACUACGCCUCCGCCGAGGAUGGAGGUCUCAAACCGUGGAGGGCCGUGAGGGUCGACCUGGUGGUCUCUCCGAUCAGCCAGUUUGCUUUCGCCCUGCUGGGCUGGACGGGAUCCAAGCUGUUCGAGAGAGAGCUCCGACGCUGGGCGGGACACGAGAAGACGAUGUCUCUGAGCAGCCACGCGCUGUACGACGGCACACAGAGAACGUACCUGAGAGCGACGUCGGAAGAGGAGAUCUUCGCUCACCUCGGCCUGGACUACAUUCCUCCGUCAGAGAGGAACGCCUGAGGCUGAACCUGAGCCGCUCACACCUGUAGACCUGCAGCUGAGUCCAGGUAAAGCUCAAAGCUGAGACACGUGCUGCUACUUUUAUAACAGGAGAAACCUCUGAACCCAUCGGCCGACGUCUGACGGAGAUUUUUAACCUCUGAGAGCGACAACCAAGGGAAACAGAUAUUUGGGACAAGACUCUCUGUCUAUGAACACAUAUCUGCAUAUUUCUGCAAAUGAAUGAGCUAAGUCGUCACCAGCUGAUAACCGAUUUGGUCCUGCUCUGCAGACACCAGAACACUUCUGGAACCACAAAGUUCUGCAUUCAUCUGCUCGGAUCGCGUGUGAACGAAGUCUUUAAAGGGUACGUUUGGUGACGUGAACCUCACGGUGGCGCUAGAGGACGAGUGAGUCUGAACCGAGCGACCGAACGGACAGAAAGAAACUUUUACUGACAAUAUUUUUAUUAUUUUACUAAAUCAGGAUGUCGAAUGCGUGACUACUGAUCUGAAUUCAACCUCACAUGAUUUCCUCUGUGAGUUUUUUGUUCUACAGUUGAAUAUUUAAUAAAUAAAUCAAAGUGUAGAAGCUGAAGAAGAGUUUAAAUUUCUAUGAACUCCUUCAAAUAAACAUGCAACUAUCAUCAGUGUUUCCAGGAGCUCUGAGUCCUUCUCUGUCCUCGCAGGACACAGGAGACAUUUUACUGCACUACUUUGAUACUUGCAGUACAUUUAGCUGUAAUACUUUAUGUACUUUAAGUAAAAGUUUGAACGCAGGGCUUUUAUUUUGUUGUUUUAUUUCUUUUAUGAAUAAAAAGUGUCUUGACCUGCGUCAGUUUCUGUAUUAAAGUCAGCCCGCCCUUCAGGUUUUAUGUAACAGAGAUCCUCAUUUACAGCAUACACAUACAUUUCCCGUGUGUGUGUGUGUGUGUGUGUGUGUGUGUGUGUGUGUGUGUGUGUGUGUGUGUGUGUGUGUGUGUGUGAACUCGCAGGCGUUUCCUUCACCUCCUAACAGCCUCAUUAACCUCUAAAUACCAGUUUAACAUCAAAGGCCGUGUCGGCGCUCACACCUCUGCCUCCUCAUGUCCGCUCUCCUCCACACUUCUUCUUCAUCUGCGACCGUUUUCAUUCAUAAAGAAAAAAAACAACUUAUCGUACAAACACGAGGCAGCUGAGCUGCAGGGAACGUGAACUUUAAGAACGUACGCGGUGUAAAAGACGGAGCGCGGGCGGAGCAGAGUUUUUAUUUUAUGCUCCUGCAUCACCAUCGACACGUCUCUGUUUUUGACACCGUAUGUGUGAAGCAAAAGUUUGACGGCGACUUCGUUCCUGCAGCGAGGAGACUACGAGUCUGGGCUACUGUGAGAACACAGAGGACAGAGGAUGUAGUUUGCAUUGAUGUAAAUUCAACUGAGGAUGAAGGAGCUCCCAGAAACACUGAUGAUGUCUUUGAAGGAGUUAAUAGAAAUUUAAACUUUGAUUUAUUCGUCAAAUAUUAAAAAGUAGAAGGAAAAAGACCAAAAACUCAAAGAGGAGCUUGAAUUUCUGCUCAUUCAUCACGACUUCUGCAGUGAAAUGUCUUCCCCGCUCCUCUGGGGUGAUGAAAACACGAUUCAGUGAUGAUAUAAAGUGUGUUUUUAUUACUUUAAAGGUCCAGUGUGUCAGAUUUAGGGGGCUCUGUUCACAGAAUCUAAUAUUUCUAACAAUGUUUUCACCUGAAAAUAAGAAUCCUUGUGUUUUUGUUACCUCAGAAAGAGACUUCUCUCUAAAAUAUGAAUUAUUUUCCUUCAUUUUCUGCCUCAUGUGUUAUUUAUUUUUAAGAACAACUGACAAACUGAGCAGCAGCCCCAAAAAAUUACGGUAAAAGGAUGUUAGUACUGUUGAUUUUACGGUUUUAUUUCAUAUUUUAUUCACUGUAUACCUUUUUUCAUCCGAAGAAACGCAGUUUUACCGUAUAACUGACACGAAUGUCGUAUGAAAUAAAGGUUUUGCUGUAAUAUAUUAGUGUUUUACAGUCUCUAAUAUGAAAUACUGCCUUAUUCUGUAUGAAUUCACUUAACAUGCUGUAUAAAUAAAGGGUUCCCAUGAACAAUA